AUGAACGGCCGCUGGGGGGAUGGCGCCCCAGUUGGCGCCUCAGUUCCGGCCCCGGUUCCACAAAGACGGCCUGUGUGCGACGAAGCUCGUGCCGCUGCGGCGUGGUUAUGGGUUCAGUCAGAGGUUGCGGGGGUCUUUGAGCGCUUUUCAAGGGAUCUCCAGGCCAUUCACUCUCGGGGCCUUAAUGCGGCGGCAGCACUUGAGAAAGAUGCUGCAGGCAUCCCGGGCAGUAAAGGUGCUCUCCACGACCCUUCGGGCUCGGGGGGGGCGCGAGACGCCUUGAACAGCCUGCUGCUUCUCUGCUCCGAGGCGGGAGCGGAGGCCAAUCGCUUCUCUGCGUCCCUGAGGGCCGGCGUGCUAAAGCCAUUAGAGGAAGCACUUCAGCCCUUAGCCCGCGCGUGGGACGCCUCAAAUCCUCCAUCGGCAGCCACUCACCUGCAAACGGAAUUCAAAGCUGGUGGCGAAGUGCAAAAAGCAGCGAGGAGGCUUCAACUUGCUGAAGAGGAACUCACGAAGGCCGAGGCAAGCUUGCAAGAGCUUCGUUCUCUGUUUGGUGCGGCAGUUAAUUCUUCUUUGGAGCAGAAGGCAAUACAGCGCAUCUCCCGCGCCUCCCGUUUAAAAGUGGCGGCACAAGAAGGACUUCAGCAAGCCCUCGCAGCAGACGCAUCGAAACAUCCUCAAGACCCUUCCUCCAUGGCCUCUCACCCGCUGUCUUCGGUGGAGCUACACGGCAGCGCUCGUCUGCUAAAGGCUGAAGACGGCGGUGCAUGGGCUGAGGCAGGGGGUUUACGAGCAACGGAUCACCAACGCCGGAUUUCUGCUGCUAUGCUGCACUCAAUGAGGGCUGCUAGCAAAGUAAAAGAUGCAAUGGCCUGCACCUUGCCGCUUUUAGCUGUCUCUAGUCUGUCUCUGCUCUUCGCGCAACACUUAUCAAUCGGUGCUUCUCUCGACUCAUCUCUCGAGACCGUUGUCUGUGUUCCCUCCAGCCUGCUGCUGCAGGCGUUCAGAAGUUGGGGUGUAACCUCAUGGCGCUGUUUGGCAGCUCUGACGGCGCAACAGAGAAGCACGGGCUUCGUUCUGCACUAUGUGCGGGACUUGCAGCUGUUCGCCGCUGCUGAAGUUGCAGCGGCAAGCGCCUCAGGCAGUUUCACUGGAGGCGAGGCCGAGCAGGAAACGAUAGCGCAGGGGGCUGCUGAGGAAUUAAUGCAUCGGCUGUACAGACAGGUCAACGGGAACGUCGACAACGCCGAACAACGCACAAACGAAGCGACAUUGAGAAAUUUGCUGCUGCACCAGGAAAAGCAGCUACAGGAGGCAUUGACGGAACGAGACGAACUGCGUCAGCAGAACGAAAGGCUGCAGAAGGAAGCAGAAAACCAGCAGAGGGAAAUCGAUGCGCUGAGGCGACAGCUCAACGCCGGCGCUUCGGUGGGCUUGACGUCACCUCGAAACCCACGACUAAAAGCGCGGAAGCAGGUUACUAUACACCUGGGGGACUCGGAGUACGAGAAUACCUGGAACCCGUCUUCACAACAACAGGCUGCGUACCAGGGGGGGGAGCGGGGGGAGCUGCAAGGGAGGGCUGAAGAGGACCCAUGGGCCUCCGAGACGGCCGUGCAGCUCUCCGCAGUCACCGCAGGCAGUGCCGGGGGGUCCCUCUUGGGGACCCUCGAUGCCAGCCCUCCCUCUGCAGAGUAUUCAAGCACAAAGCAGCCUAUAGAAAUGGUUUGGGUGGAUGUACAGCUGAGAUACGAGGAGUUCUUGCUGUCUCUUCGGUCCCUCCCCCUUUUGAACGCGUGUCCCGGUGUGGCGAAUGAACAGGACAACAGCCAAGGGGCCCAACAGAAGACGCCUGCGUGGCAUUCGGGCAGCGAAGAGGCGUCUUCUGCGCCUUCUCUGUCUUCUGCACAUCUUCGCACUGGGGUUGUUAACAAGGACAGGACGCAAGAUCGCAUGCAGUGGACAGACCCAACGUUCGCUUCCUCCGUGGCAGCGGCGGUGGAGGCCGCAGCAGACGCUACAUUACCGCCCUUCCUGGUCCAGUGCUGCCGCCUUGCAGCAGUUGCUGCUGCUCCCUCUACCCCAGCAAGGCCAGUGCUUCGCUCUAGCGGCGCUAGCCGCAUGUCUGUGCAGCAGCUUCAAGACCAAAUCCUGUCCAGCAGGCGGCAGCAGCAACAGCAGCAGCAGCAGAGGAGUGGAGGCCAAGCAAAUGGACCAUUGGAAUGGAAGGAGUCCGAUUUACAGGUUUUGGCUUACGAGUUGCUGCUGCUUGUAGCGUAUCACUACUCGCAGUACUCAGCCGCUGCGUCGCUCCUUGUGGGCGAGGAGGAGCAGCUUCCCUCGUCUACCCCCGGCCAAGGUUCUCCUGAGGAACAGACUCAAAACACAGCAGCUGCCUCUCGAGUUAGGCGGCCGCGUAAGUCGCUGGCGCGCGCCAUGUCCAUAAAGCUAGGAGCAGCAGCUGUCUACAGCGACGCCGAAGAGCACCAACAGCAGCAACAGCAACAGCAGCAGCAGCAACAGCAACAGCAACAGCAACAACAGACGCCUGCGGGUGUUGAGAUUAGUGCAGCGGUGGACACUGUGCCGCUGCAACAGCCUUGCCAGGGCGCAGCAGCAGCGCAACAACCCGCCCCUCUCCCGCUGCGCAAGCCUCGAAAGUCCUUGGCUCGAGCCAUGUCUCUGAAAUUCGGACCCCAUCAUGAAGACCCUCCAGAGACGCUACAACCACAACAGCAGCAGCAGCAACAAAGUGGGACGGGUGCGUGCAGUGGAAGUGAUCUCCUUAUCCCUUGUCACCCUUUCUCGAUGCCCACAGAGGAAUGGCAGCGGCAGUUUGAAUAUCGGGGUCUCUUAAGGAAUUUUUCUGGGCUUACUUUCAAUGGGUCCCGGCAGCGUGUUCGCGCUGCGCUUCACUGGGUGAAUCCCAGUCCGCUGCUGCAGCAGUCGAACGAGGAAGUGCUGCAGCAGCUGCUGCAGCUAGCUCGUGUAUCAUUUGAACUGCCGAGUUCCAGCAGCAACAAAUUGCUGAGUCUGCUGGCCCCUGUAUCUGACAGCGGGCUCGGCCCUGCAUGCGGCACCAUUCUGCAUCCUUGUGACCUCCGUUAUCGCGUCUUUCGUUUGAUGGAGGCCUGGCGGACUGCUCUCUGUCCCUCAGCUCCACCCUCUAGAGCGUUCCCUCGCAAGCAGCAGCAGCAGGAGCAGCGCCAGCAGCACCGCGGGCGGUUCUUUCACGGCGCCGCUGCAGCAGCCAUAGGCAAGCUAGAUCCCUCUUACGGCGUGAGGGGUGCCCUGCGGAGACGGGCUGGUGAUUCAACAGCUGCUGCUGCUGGUUCUCCCUCUGUCUUCGCCGCAGAAAGCGAAAGAGGAGGGGAGGGUGAGGGAAGGCGCAGCUCACUUAAAGUCUUGGGGGAGCAACACCGAACUUCUACAGCAUUGGGAGGCUCCAACAACCCGCAGCGGCGGCAACUCGCAGGUGACCUGGGACCUCCAGUGCUCCUGCAGCUGCCCCAGCCCAAACGGAGGUCUAAACGGUCCUCGGCCUCGGCGGCAGCGGCACCAGCAUCAACAUCAGCAGCAGUGGCAGCUGCUCAGCACCCAGAAGCAGCAGGAGGGGCAUGCCUGCAGAUGAGGCAGGACCCUGUCUUCCGCUCUUUCAUUGACCGCCAGCUGCAACUGCUGCACGCAGCAGCCCUGUCUCGUUGCGCCCGUCUUUUGAAAUUCUUGCUCCCCCAAGGAGGCAAUACGGCAGGAAUAGCAAGGGCAACAGCAGAAGCAGAGGAUGCAAGGCGGCUCGCGGGCUCUGCUGCUGCAGGGCCUCUGCCUUCAACCCCGUGGCGGCCGAUUGCGAUGCAACAGCUGUAUGCUCGUGAGAAGACCCGCAGCGAUGAGGAGGCCUUUUUGUAUUUUCUUAGGUCUCUGCUGCUGUGUCAGGGAGAGACACCCAACCCCCAAGAGUCUCCUCAAGCACCCGCCUUCCUACUCUAUUCGAAGGAGGAGACAGCUGCGGCGAUUGCUGCAGCGGCGCAGCUUCAGUUGCUGCCUCUGCGUCUGCUGUGCUGCUUCUACCACAUCUUCGCCUACAUAUUCGCGCUACAGCAGCUGCAGCGGCAGCAGCUAUGGGGCGAGGCGGAGGCCUCUGUGAGUAUCGAGGAGGUGUCUAUUCACGUCACCGAUAAUGCAGGCGCCCCAGCAGGAACGGGGGAAGCGGAAGGCCCUCUCGCUUGGGAGGUCCGUACGGAACAGCGGGAAAGAGGAGGCAUGGAGCUGCUUCAGCUGCUGCAGCAUAACAUGUCGCAGGCUGCAGCUCUUGACUCCGCUCUCCGGUGCACGUUGGCUGCCCGAGGAAACAACAACCCCACCUUGAAGCAGCUGGCCAACGGAAAUGUUGCUUCUCCCCCUCCCCAGGCCCCUUCGCUGCCUCCUCAGCGCUUGCGGAGGCAGCAGAGCUUAAAGCCCCUCCGAAAUCUUCUGGAGGUCCCGGAAGUGCGCAGCGACUGUGGAGACACAGCAGAGGAGUCGGACGGCAGCCUCGUCUGGGGAUCUGACGUGGAAGGGGUUAAGGGGACGGGGUAUGGAGGGGGGAACCCCUCCCACGGACAAGGAGAGGGGGCCCCCCCACACCUGGGUCUUCCUGGGGGCGCCCUCCGGUCGGCCUUCCGUAGGCCUACGCUGAAGGCCCUGAGGAGACGAACAGUGCGCACCCUCGAUCCAGACUGUUCUGCUGCCCGCGCUGCUGCUGCUGCUGCUGCUGCUGCUUGCAUGCUGGAAGGGGCUGAGCAGCAGCAGCAGCUCUUGUGCCUGCCUAGGGAGUUUCACCUCAGCGCGUACUGGUGCCUCGACGUCCCUUUGCUGCUGUCUCUGCUGCUGCUGCUGGCCCGCUGCUGCGCCGAUUCCACCGCUGCCAACGGCCUGCAGCUGGGCGCUCCCUCGUUGGUGCAGGGGCUCCUGUUAGUUGCACAUACCUCACAAGUGGGAACGGAUCCCACCUACCCAGCAGCAGAAGAUGCAACCAACAGCGGCAGUAGCAGCAGCUAUGCCUCAUUGCUCUUGCAAGCAUGCAGGGCAGGAAGCGGAUUCCACGGCAUUUCCCUCGACUCCGUUUCUCUUCUUGUUGCUGCAUGCGUAUGGGCCUCCGGCAUUAGGGCCUCUCCUAUCUCACGUCAGCAACAACAACAGCAGCAAGUGACUCCACGACCAUCAGGCCCAUGUGAUUCUGCAGACUUGGUGUUACAGACUGCUGGGUCGGCUCAGUCUGGUGUCUCCGCUUCUGAGAAGCAACAGGCCACACUCCCCACUACACCGCAGCAGCAGCAACAGCAGCAGUUGAUCCAGGAGCUGACUUCUGUCUCUUCUACCUUUGUGGAGCCAUUGCGAGUGGAGGUUGUCUCUUCUGCGUUGGAGUUGCUGAGGGACUUGAACGGAUUUCUCAAAAAGGCGUCGGCUCAGGGGCAAGAAGGGACACCCGAUGAUAUCCAAUGGGCCCUCGGCGGCAACAGGAAAAAAACUGCAGAGCGAAAGCAGGGAGCAGAGUCUUCUGCGUCUGCCGCUGCUGCUCCUGCUGCGCUUGCGGACAACGCGCUUGCCGUGACACUCCCUGCUCCUACCGGUGCUGCUGACCCGCUGUCUCCUCGACUGCCAGGUCGCGCCGUCGUCUCUGGGCAUGCAGCUUUUGGGGCCUUAUUCAAUAAGCAGGAGGUGGCCAGUGAAGGAAUAAACCCCGCCGCUGCAGGAGAUGACAAAGGGGGAGGCAGCAACUCGGAGAUGCUGGAGAUGGCGCCCCGCGUGCGAGGUGAACGUCUGCUGCUGCGUCUCCGUGGGCCGCUGCUGCUACUGCAGCAGGAGGAGGGAGAGGGAGGCAUCAAGACAGAGCCACAGCCCACCUUCAGUAGUGUGUUGAUGAACAGGCGGUGGCUGGGGGCAGACUGGUGGGUCAGUCAGCGCGAAGGAGACGGAGACACUAGCCAGAGAGCGCUCCGAAGGAGCGAGUGGGCCUCGUGCUGCUACGGGUUGUCUGCUCUGCUGCCGUCACGGGUGGAGCUGCAGGAGCAGGAGAUUGCUGCGCUGCAGCUGCUGGGGUCGGGAUUUCUUCUUCAGCUGCAGGAGCAGCUUCAGGACUACAGAAGACAUUUUGAACCACAGGCUCUUUCAGUGGCACUUGCACUCUAUAUAAGCCUCGUGCAACGACUGCUCUUGCUUCCGUCUGUUCAGCAGAAGCAGCACCAGCAGCGGCACGAUUGGAAGAAGGGGAAUGGCAUUUCUUUCUCUGAGAUGGGGCCAGGAUUUCUUGGGAUAAGUACCGCGGCAUUUAAUGAGUGGCUGAGAAGGACGCGGGAUUCGCUUCAGAUUUCGGUCGAUUCCGGUUUUGAAUUUGUUGGAGGCCAACAGAACGUAGAGGAGGGAGGUUCUGCAUGUCUAAAGGCGGCGGACGGAGACACCUCAGAGGACAACGUUUGGGUGUGGGGCCUUCCGAAGGUGCUGAGAGGCCCCUCUGGUUUGCAUGAUAUGCUGCGUUGUUUCAUUUACCGUUCCCUCUCUGCUGCUGCUGGACGCUUGUUGGGGCAGCCGGUGGCGGCGCUGUUGCAGCUGGCGAGAGGAGAGGACAACAGACGAGGGAGCUUAGAGGAGACAACAGAGACACAGCAAAGGGCCCUUACCUCCUCGAAAUCUGACGAAGAGGCAGAGAUAGAAACGGAUACAGAGACAGAGACAGAGACAGAUCGCGUGUUGUGUUCGUUGGCUCAAGGCAUCCGCAACCUCUACACCCACGUGCAGUCCGAGCUGCUGCUCUACGCCCCCGUCUUUGCUCCGCUGCUGCCGCUGCAGGGGGAGCAGCCGCUGCUGGUGUUAGCUGCUGCUAAGGCGGUGUUGCUGUCUGUCUUGCCUCUUGUCUCUCGCUGCGCCGAUCAGGCCGCUGCAGACCCCGAAAGAAAGGGAAUGCCGGCCAAAGGAGGCCAGGAACUCCUAGCAGCCCUCAGCGCGUUCGAUCGCCUGGCAGACGAAGUUUGUUUUGGGGGCGUUUUGUGCGUCUCCUUUCCGAACGAUUCGCCUUCCCAGCAUCAGGGUCUGUUGUCAGUGGUGGCCCCUCGCCUGUUCGCUUCCUUUUCGUUGCAUCUCAGCGGACUGACAGAUUUGCUGUCGCAGGCUUUCCUGAGAGACGUCUACCUCCCAGCCAACCCACCCCACGCUGUCUACAGUGAGAAGGCCAUAGACGGCUGGUGCUGCAUUUAUGGGGUGGUGGAAGCGGCUCUUGACUCCUCAUUGCCCCUCCCCUGGCUGAUUCCUCGUUUGCUACAGUUUCUUUCCGAGUUGCUGGCUGCUCUGUGUCGGAGUCUGACGGACCCCUGCGUCUCCCAAAGCGAAGGCCCUGGGGAGUGGGGGGGCCGGCCGCUGCUGCCGCUGCUGGCACUGCGGCAGCUGCAGCAGAACUACUUUAAAGGACUGCUGGAGGUCAGCGGGAGGAACGCCGCUGUCGCCGCCUCUCCCUUCGUUGCGCACUUCCUAGCGCUGCAGCGCACAGCAGAAGAACGCACUCGGAAACAACGCAGGAAGUCCAAGGGCUGGAGAGGCCGUAUGACGCAGCUUGUUGGGGGAUGGGAGGAGGAGAAGCUGGCGCAGGGUUUGGCGCGGGCAGGCUCAGCGUACCUCUCAGGAGUAGAGGACGACAACAGCGGGGACAGCUCUGACCCGCAUGAAGGGGCCCCUGAGCAGGCCAGAGGGGCCCCUAGAGGCCUCCCAUCUCGGCAUGUUGAGGAGGAUAAAGGCCGUUCUCGUUCGGUCUUUCGUCUCCUCUUCGGACAAAGUGACAGCAGGGAGUCUUCUGCAGCGCGUGGAGGGGCCCCAGGCCGCGGCGAGGGCAAGGGAGCGGGCGGCGGGGGGCCCCCUGUCGGGGUUGGCCGUGUGCUUGGUUCGGGUGUGGAAAGGCUUUCGCCUGCUGUGUGCCAGCUGCUUUCCGCUGUAGAUGCCCUGACAGAGUGGGAGGCGGCGCGGCAGAAGGCAGUUUUAAGUGGGGGACAGCGGCCCACCAGCGGCUUGCAGCGGUGGUUGGUGAGGCUGCACAUUGCUGCGCUGUAUCUCCAGCGACUGCCUGGCUUGCGAGAGAAGCUGUUGAGAGAACUGCAAAAGAAGAUCCUCUUCCGCUCCCCACGAGAUAUGGAGGUGCUGCAGCAGCUGCGGACGUUGCAGGGAAGAGGUGGCGCAGACGGGAGCAACGCAGCAGCAGCAGCAGGGAAGCAACAAAUCGACUUGCUGCUGCGGCGGCGGCAGGAGGAGCUUGCAGAGCUCAGCGCAGCUGUAGAUGAAGCGAUCGAAGGACUCAUGCCGUACUGCAACAGAGAGUGCACGCAUAACUGUUUGCGCCUUCAGACAGUAGAGGACUUCUUCUGUGCAGCUCCAUUGGAGUGGCAAGACGAACUGGCGUCAGCUGUGCUGCGCUGUCUGGCGGAGGCCUGGUGUCUGUUGCUGGCGGACUGGGGCUAUGGGGGUCACUUCUACGAGGGGAAGGAGUUGGAAGUGUUGGAGGGGGAUCUCGACUCUCUCCGUCAAUACGUAAAUGACAACGAAAUAUCUCUUGAGGAUGAUGGGGACACGUUUGAUCGCUUGAAUGACUUCUUAGUGAUGCUCGAUGCCGACGGCCGCUGUCUUGCUGCUGCGGAGCACUUGGCACGGCAGCAGCAGCAGGAGCCGUCACAGCAGCAGGAGAUGUCCGCACUGGAGGAGCGGCAGGAAUGCGCACGGGGCAUGCAGCAGGGCUUGCUGCCUCAGCUGAAGCAACAGGAGAAGCCAACAGCACCCCUAGACGAGGGCGGGGGUUGA